GUGUGUGUGUGUGUGUGUGUGUGUGUAGUUGACGGCGCGGUAGCUCCAGAUUCGAUGUGUUCGUAUCCUCCUGGGUCUCUGUCUGACUGUGCCAGCCAAGCCCUGUCUCCCCCCUCUGCCUCCCCCCUCUCCCCCAGGACAGAGGAGUACAUUCACCAAGCCAAGGCUCACCUGAGGGGAAUGUGCCAGGAGAUGGAGGCGGGCCUUAGCCUGGCGACCCACUAUGUUGACGUGCGAUUGGUCCAGAGGCAGAUCCUGAUUGGCUCAGGGAAGAACAGCAGCAAGUGCCUGGAGAAAGAUUUGGUCGUUAUCGGAGACGCGGAGAGGAGGCGGGGCUCGUUGGCCAGGAGUCAGGUGUUUGAGAGCUCCACCGGGGCGAAACCCAAACGUUCCAUCGUGUUGCUAGGCAACGCCGGCAUGGGUAAAAGCACGCUCAUCAAGAAGCUCUGCGUUGAUUGGUCCGACGGCCUCCUGCCACAGUUUGACUUUGUGUUCUUACUGGACGGUAAGGCUCUGACCCUCCCCCCUGAGCCAACCUAUAGCCUUCGGUCCCUCCUCCUACACCUCUCCUGUCCCCACCCACGGGAUGUCUUCAAUCAGGUCCUCUCUGCCCCGGAGCGUGUGCUGGUGAUAUUCGAUGGCUUCGAGGUGGUGCGUGACUUGGAGGGGCUGCUUCAGUUUCCAGCGGAUGACAGUAAAGGGGAGAACUACAGCGUUAGACAGCUGUUCUCAGGUUUGCUCCAGGGGAAGCUCCUACCAGGCUGCUCACUGCUCCUCUCUGCCCGACCACAAGGCACCGUCAGUGGGCUGCUGAGACGGGCUGACAGCCUCCUGGAACUCUCUGGCUUCUCCCCUCCGGACAUAGAGAGAUACCUGGGACAAUACUUCUCUGGACAGUCGCUAGAGGCCCCAACCUCCGUCCCAGACUCAAUCCCAGUCCCAACCUCAGUCCUAGCACCAGUCCCAGUCCCAGUCCCAGUCCCAACCUCAGUCCCAGUCCCAACCUCAGUCCCAGUCCCAGUCCCACUCCCAGUCCCAACCUCAGUCCCAGUCCCAGUCUCACUCCCAGUCCCAACCUCAGUCCCAGUCCCAGUCCCAGUCCCAAUCUCAGUCCCAGUCCCAGUCCCAACCUCAGUCCCAGUCCCAACCUCAGUCCCAGUCCUAGCCCUCACCAGGCUCCACAGUCAGCCGUACCUUCUGUCUGUGUGUUGGAACCCAGCUCUGUGUCACAUGGUCUGUCUGCUUCUAGAACACUGGGAUGUUUCGGAGCCACUCCCCUCCACGCUGACGGGACUGUGUUACAGGGUGUUGCUCCUAAAGAUGGGACGACACAUCCUUAAACGCACACACUGUCAAUCCCUACCCCAAACUCAAACCCAGGCACACACUCACACCCUUAAACACAGUCAAAAACACGUCCUUAAACGUACACACUGUCAAUCCCUACCCCAAACUCAAACCCAGGCACACACUCACACCCUUAAACACAGUCAAAAAGACGUCCUUAAACACACAAGCAACUGGACACGAACACACAUCCGCACUCGCUCUCACACUCAAUCCCAAAAUCAAUUAGAAGACCAGAAGAGGACGAUAGAGAAGAGGGAGGAGGAAGAGAGAGAGAGGGAGGGAGAGAAAGAGAGAGAGGAGAAGAGGGAGGAGGGAGAGGAAGAGAGAGAGGAGAAGAGGGAGGAGGAAGAGAGAGAGAGGGAGGAGGGAGAGGAAGAGAGAGAGGAGAAGAGGGAGGAGGAAGUGAGAGAGAGGGAGAGGGGGAGAGAAAGAGAGAGAGAGGGAGGAGGGAGAGGAAGGGAGAGAGACGGAGGAGGGAGAGAAAGAGAGAGAGGAAGAGAACAGGUGUGUUCUGUCAGAGUUGAGCAGUCUGCUUGGCAGGGGGUUAAAGGUCAUUCAUCUCUCCUGACUCUGGACAAUACCGUCUGUGUCAGGCUGCGGAUGUUUGGCCUGAGGACUGGACUGGUCCAUUCUCACUGGCUGAGGGGGGAGCAGGGCAGAGAUUGUGACGGUGGCGGUGGCGGCGUGAGUUCCGACAACAUCCUGUCCUGGGCCCACCCUUUCCUGCAAAGCUUCCUGGGCGGGGCCCACCUGUCCGUCUCCAGCUGUGUGUCUGACCGGGCUCUGCUGACCCAGAUACUACCACAGCCCAGGGGGAGGCGACGGCCUCAGGGAGAGUGUCUGGACCUUGCUCAGCGAUUCGCCGUCGGGCUGCUUUUCCGGAACAAUGCAGAACUUCGGCACCUGGCCACCCUGGAUACCGACGCCAUGAAAGUGGUGGCGGCCAAGCGAGCCGCUGUGACAUCACACCUGGAGAACCUUCGCCAUGGCGACCUGAGCCCCGCUCGGCUCCUGGAGGCGUGUCACUGUGUUUACGAGACGGGCGACGUCCUCCUGGUCAGGCACCUGGUACGGAACCUUCCCGAGGUCCUGUCGUUCCAAGGGGUCCCGCUGUGCCCCGCCGACGCCUUCGUAGUGUGGAACCUUUUGGACCAGUGUAGAACGCUGAGGAGGAGGUUCUGUCUGGGGCUGGAGGACACAGGACUGAGGAUGACAGGAUUAAAACUACUGACGGGUCUCAACAACAUACACUCAUACAGGGCGAGUAUCGCUGACACCAUCACUCUGUGGGAGGAGCUAGAGCAGAGUGGGGAGGAGGAGCUUCUGAAAGCGGCGGUGUCCAAGUUGACCCUUAACCCUUUCAGAGCCACACAGGUGUCCCACGUCCAACACCUGUCCACACUGGUCAACAUACACACAAGCAGGAGACUGUCUGAGAGCCAAUCAGAUGGUGUCCUGGGGGAGGGUCUUCCUGCAGUCAGAGAUCUUCACAAGCUGGAGUUUGAGUUGGGGCCAGUGAAUGGUCCUCUGGCGCUCCCUAAACUCCUGGAGCUGCUGCCAGCCCUGCACAGUCUACAUCACCUGGAUCUGGAGAACAGUAAACUGGGGGACAGUGGGGCUGAGGGUCUGGCUGGAGCUGUGCUGUCUCUCUCCUCUCUGCAGAUUAUCAAUCUCUCCCAGAACUGUAUAGGGGACCAGGGAAUAGGGAGUCUGGCUCCUGCUCUGUCUACCCUCCCCUCGCUGCACUGUCUCAGUCUGUACAGUAAUGUGAUAUCUGACGGGGGUGCUGAGAGUCUGGCUGCUGUUUUACCUCAGAUGACAUCACUCAGUGACCUGGAUGUCAAGUACAACAGCUUCACGGCCCUGGGAGCUCAGAGUCUGGCUUCCAGUCUGAGGGACUGUCCAUGGAUCAAGAGUCUGGGGAUGUGGAAUGUGUGUAUUCCCUACGGAGUGUUAGAGAGACUGCAACAACAGGACCCACGGAUACAGCUGCUCUAGAACAUUGUUCUAAUGUUGUUCUAACAGAACCCCAGAGGAUACAGCUGCUCUAGAACAUUGUUCUGUUGUUCUAACAGAACCCCAGAGGAUACAGCUCUGACAGGAUAUAUAAUAUCAGGAUACACCACUGCUCUGUGUUCCUGGACACCACUGCUCUGUGUUCCUGGACACCACUGUUCUGUGUUCCUGGACACCACUGCUCUGUGUUCCUGGACACCACUGUACUGUGUUCCUGGACACCACUGUACUGUGUUCCUGGACACCACUGUUCUGUGUUCCUGGACACCACUGUACUGUGUUCCUGGACACCACUGUUCUGUGUUCCUGGACACCACUGUACUGUGUUCCUGGACACCACUGUUCUGUGUUCCUGGACACCACUGUACUGUGUUCCUGGACACCACUGUACUGUGUUCCUGGACACCACUGUACUGUGUUCCUGGACACCACUGUUCUGUGUUCCUGGACACCGCUGUACUGUGUUCCUGGACACCACUGUUCUGUGAUCCUGGACACCACUGUUCUGUGUUCCUGGACACCACUGUACUGUGUUCCUGGACACCACUGUACUGUGUUCCUGGACACCACUGUUCUGUGUUCCUGGACACCUCUGUUCUGUGUUCCUGGACACCACUGUUCUGUGUUCCUGGACACCUCUGUUCU